AUUAAAAUUAGGAUUAAAAUGAAGCUAAUGAAAAACUCAUGCCAGCUGGUGCUUGGGAGUUAGUAAAACUGUUGGUUGAUCAAAUAUGGGCUACCACUCCAAAUCAACGACUAUUUCUGUGAUUUAUCUUGAUGGUAGGUUGCAGUAAGAUACAUGUCGACUAUCACUGCAGUCACGAUAAACAAACAGUAAGAUUAAACCAACAUAGUAUAUGCUUAAUGAUACAAAAAUGUUGCAUUGCUACAGAGUUUUACACGUAUAGGAUUUCUAGAUAAUUGAUCCUACCACUCAAACCAAACAAACCAUCAAACUGCUUUGUAAGCCGUUUGUGAGAAUAUGUAUUACUUUGUUGCUAGUUUACAAGAAUUCGGAAGGAGAGGCUGCAGCUUUAUUGUCGAUCCAGCAUACUCCACAUUGCCUUUAAUGCUCACCACCAUCUACAUUUGUCCCCGGAUUGAUCAGUUCUCAUUCAACGCCCUUCGGAAUAUAGUGUGAGCAAUGGAUUUUACUCGUCGGAAGACACAAACGGUUUGUCGCGAAAAAAGGAACACCAAAGAGUCCAAGGAUGAUUUUAAUUGGGAAUAUCUGCUCCUGGUUGAUGCCCGAAAUGCAGCGUGCCAUCUGGGGAGCACCAAACUAUCGAUAGCGAUCAAAGACCGAUAUCCGAAAGCACGUUUCCACUACUUGGUUCUCCCCAGAAAGGAUGUAACAGCGCCUCAAAUUUUAACGGUCCACGAUCUUACUGUCGCAGAUAUCCAGCUACUGGAGGACAUGUUACAGCUGGCACAACAGUUGGCAGUCGCCACAGGUAUGGGGUUAGAACAGUUCAAGUUCGGUUACCACAUGGGCGCGCAUAUGAAACCGUUACACAUGCACGUGAUUUCACGUGAUUUCGAUUCGCCGUCCCUUAAACGUGUCAGACACUGGAACAUUUUUAACGAGAAAAUCUUCCUCACUCAUGCAGAUGUUGUGCGCGAUUUACUGACGAAUGGAAAAGUGCAGAGUUUGCCAGAGGACGAAUUUGAAGCCAUCAGAAACGGCCCCAUGACUUGUAGCGUGUGUGGCUAUGUAACAACCGACCUGCUGUUCAUCAAAAUUCACAUCUUGAAACAUUUUCCUCGACCAACUACGUAUCAAAAUGGCAGUAUUUUCAAUUUCUUUUCGUGUCAGUAG